AUGGAACCCCCGGAAGGAGCGGCAGAUACAACGCUUACAGAUCAGGAAAAAAGGGGGCGUAGAGCGGAUGAACGACUUCCUCACUUUCGGCAGAACCUAUGCAUACGAGCACGCAACCAGACCCAGCACCAUUGGGCACGUUCUGUCCAGCAGCCCAAUUGCCUUGCUUGCCUGGUACCAACCCUGACGUACUACAAAGAUCAUACAAUGUCUCACAACGACCACAGGUGUGGGAAAAAUUUUCUAGAUUGGGUCAAUGAUUCCCUUCCAUUGGAUACGAUCCUCGAGUUUGUCUCUCUGUACUGGUUUACCAAAUCGUUUCCUCGGGCCAUUUAUCCCUACCGCGAGGCUCCACAUGAUGCAGAUGCAAUGCAUGAUAGGUUGUAUAUUCAGAAGCCCCUCGGGUUCUCAUAUUUCCCAAACGAGAUCAUUCCGGCUCCCAAGGCCUGGGUGAGCACUACGGGGAACCUAGUCUUCUGGAGGCAACAUGACAAGGGUGGGCAUUUCGCCGCACUUGAAAGACCCCACGACCUGAAAGCAGCCCUUUCUGCCUUUGUUGAGCAGGUCUGGCCGGAAGUUGCAUCCAAGUAG